AGUAGGUUAGGUUAUAAGUAACUUUUGAAGUUGUUUGCCAGUCACACGUUGCCAUGGCAACAAAAAGCUUUAUUAAUGGCUACGGACGAAGAGAAAUGUAAAGUGGCGAAAUUACUCCAAGAUUUAGAAGUGCCCGAGAUAAAAAUGCCCGAACGAUGCUCUGGAUUAGUGAAAGAAUUUGAGCAGAUAUAUGGGCUGGAAAUGGAAAGUGAGGUUUUAGUAGAAGAGAUUUACGAUAAUCCUUAUGUUGUCGAUAAGAAGUUGUUGGAAGAGAAUGAGAGGAAGUUACAAGAGCUGUUGGCUGAGAAUAAGCGGGCCAAAAAACAGUUGCCAGAGAACGUGAUGUCUGGACCUGAUCCAAAACGACCGUGGCGUACACAAUCAAGCAAAGAAAAACUUUUUCGUAUCGACAACGAUAUCAAAAGACAUUUGGAGAAGGGCGAUCUGUCUAUCGAUCCCCUUCAAGAAGAAGAAAUGCAAGAUCUGGUGAAGGAAUGUAGAGAAGAGACACUACGAAACCCACCCGUAAACCCAGACCGGCUCCGGGAAACAGUGGUUGAGGCACGGAAGAAUCUACCUAAUUUCCAAUACCGCACGAUUGAGAACAGCACAGCAACAAAUAUUCUCCCUAAUGCUCACGAAAAGACCUCUGAAGUGCUUACUCAAGUAUUUCCUUAAUUGUUAUAAUAUGUCAUAGCGUCCAAUUAAAAUCAGACUGAGGGCCGAACUCUGGCAAUCAGUUUUUCCCGUACGUCAAAAAAAUAUUGGAGUUACAGAUCACGCUGUCUCAACUGUAAAUCUUAACCAAGACGUAUUCAAAAAUGUUACAUAACUUAAAAUAGUAUUUCUUCUAAUAAGUUUGACUAGUCAUUUCGAACAUAAUUCGAAUUCGAUUUUAUAAGAGCUGUCUUGAUUAGUUUUUAUAGAACUAUAAAUGUGUGUUUAGUGGUAAACAAUAAAAAUAUUACAUAUUUCCUUUAAAUUGUUAUUAUAUUAUCAACUUCAAGUAUAUGGAUGAAACUGUUGUCCAGCUCCAAGCUAUAAUCUUUUCAUUGCCAUUCAAAUAAAGGUUUGCGCGAAUCAA